AUGUCUCAACCACACGCUGAACCGACGUCACCAGCGCCGGCGCCAGCAGCCAGGAAGCCGUCCACCAUCCCGUUCCUCUACCGGCUCCCGCUGCUCUACAUCGAGCCCCUGUGCGCGCUCAACGGCGCAUACCUGCUCUACCUCAAGCCCCGGAGCUUCCUCGAGGCCGUUUCCCCCCACCACGAGACGCACUUCCCCUCCGCGGCGUCGUCGUCGUCCGUCGUCGCCAACGCAUCCAAGAUCCUCAAGGCGGCGACGUCCUCCUCCAAGGCGGCGGCGCCCGCCCCGCUGCCGAGCCUGGCCUCGGUCCGCGUCCUGACCGACAUGCUGGCCGGCAUGAACCUCCUCUUCGCCUUCAACCUCGCCAUCACCCUGCGCGUGGCCGGCAACGACCACCGGCUGUGGCGGGUCCUCUGCUCGGGCAUGCUCCUCUCGGACGCCAUGCACGUGUACGCGACCGUGAGGGAGUUUGGCUGGCCGGCCGUGCUCGACUACUCGUCGUGGCGGACCAUCGACUGGCUCAACUUUGGCAUCAUGGGCUGCAUGACCGUCGUCAGGAUGGGCGUUGUUGCCGGGAUCGGGCUCGGCAAGGGUAGCAGCAGCAGCAGCAAGAGCAAGAGCAGCAAGAAGAGCAGCAGCAGCAGCACCACCACCACCGCCGCCGCCGCCCCCAGCACCGCCGCUCCCGCUGUUAGCGAACCACCCAGCGACAAGAAUGCUGCCGCUCCUAGUGUCACAAAGAAGGCCAAGACUACCAAGGUCGGCAAGAAGACCGCUGGUCGCGCAAAGAAGGCUGAAUCGGUGACUGGAAAGCAAUAG